AUGAGAGAAAAGUAAUUUCUAUUUUAAUUUAUGGCAACAACCGUAAUACUAUUACGAUAGUGUGUAAUGUUUAAAUGCAAUUAUCUUCAGAGAUGAUGGCUGCAGAAGGCCCAGCUAAGACUGAACUAAAGAGGACACCCGACGAAACAGAAGAAGAUUCUAAACGGUGUAAAACAGAACUUCCUGAAAACGACACAAAACCAUCAGAUAUCGUAAAGCCUUUAAAGAAUGACGAAAACAAUGGUCAGUCAAAAGAUAGUAAUGGUUCAACAGAAGCUAAGGAUGAAACUAAAAUCGCAUAUCCAACUAAAAAGAAGUACGCUAUAAUGAUGGGGUUCUGUGGGGACGGUUAUAGAGGGAUGGCGCUGAAUGUUGGGGUCAACACCAUCGAAGAAGAGCUUAUCACCGCUCUGCUCAAGUGCCAGUUCAUAAAACCAGAAAACGCCCGAGAAAUGGGUAAGAUGUAUUUCCAACGAGCCUCCCGCACCGACAAGGGGGUUUCAGCUGCACGACAGGUGGUUUCCUCAAACUUGAACCUGGGGCCAGAUCUGAAAGCUGCUGUGUCUCAGCUGAACGAGGCGUUACCAGAUAACAUCACUGUUUAUGAUAUCAUCAAAGCAACCAAACAUUUUGAUAGCCACAAGUUUGCUUCCAGCAGAGUUUACGAGUACAACUGUCCCUCGUUUGCCAUGGCUCCCACGCUAGGUGACACCUGGAGUGGAUAUAGGAUAACUCCUCAGGUGCUGGCAAAAGUGCGGGAAUUUUUACAGAAUUUUGUGGGAACUAAGAAUUAUUACAACUACACUUCAAACAAAUCCGCAUCCGAUCCGAGUUGUUUUAGGUACAUUAGGUCAAUAAGCGUAUCAGAUCCAGUUAUUGUUGAGGACAUUGAGUACAUCAGGAUAUUCCUACAUGGCGACAGCUUCAUCUACCAUCAAAUCAGGAAGAUAACCGGAAUGACUAUUGCUGUAAUGCGCAAUGUCACGCCAUCAGACCAUCUUGAGAAAUCCUUUACAAAAGACCGUGUUGACAUCCCCCUGGCACCAGGUUUAGGCUUAGUGUUGGACGAAGUGAAGAUGGAGCGCUAUAACAAGAAGUUUGGUAAAGAUGGUUGCCACACACCGCUUGUUUGGGACCCCUACGAGGAGCAAGUUCAGGAUUUCAAGAUGAAGCACAUUCUGAGCGUGAUACACAGAAAAGAGAAGGCUGAGUCGAUCAUGUUUAACUGGUUACAGACCCUGAAAAAACACAAGUUCUACACCGGGGAUGUUUUACCUGAAAUAUUGACUGGUCAGUCUGGGGAAUCUAAGGGGGCAGACAUUUCGGAUUCCGGUGAAAAGAAGGAUUCCACGACGACUGAGAGUGCUGUCAGUUUAGAAAGUUCAACAAAUGCUGCUAAAUGAGGAUUUUUAAAAUGUUUUAAAUUAUUAUUACGCCUGCUUUUACCAUCAACGUAUUCUAUUUCAUGACUUUGUGAAUUUGUUUUCUAGUCUGGGACUAUGUUUUCAGUUUGGGCAAAUUUAAAUAUUUUAGAAAUUUAAAAGGCGUGUGAUGAAGUUUUAAUAUAUAAUACGGUACAUUAUAUUAUACAGUAUCUUUGAAUGAUUGAAUAAUUUUACAACUAACAU